CCCCGGCUCGCCUCCGCGGCGGCCGAGUCCGCGGCGCCCCAGCCCGCGGCGCCCCGGCAGACCGCGCACCUGCUGGAGCCCGGGCGGGACUCCCAUUCCCGGGCCGGCGUCGAUGCUGAGCGGGCCGAGGGUGCUGCCUGCCCCCCCCGCACCAUGGACGGCUUCUACGACCAGCAGGUUCCCUUCAUGGGUCCCGGGAAGUCCUGCGCAGAGGAGGGCCGAGGCCGGCCAGGAUCUGAUAGGAAAAGGAAAUUUUUGGAGACCGACCUGGCCCACGACUCAGAAGAGCUCUUCCAGGAUCUCAGCCAGCUCCAAGAGGCCUGGCUAGCCGAAGCUCAGGUCCCUGAUGAUGAACAAUUUGUCCCAGAUUUCCAGUCUGACAACUUGGUCCUGCAUGCCCCACCUCCAGCAAAGAUCAAGCGGGAGUUGCACAGCCCUUCCUCAGAGCUGUCGUCCUGCAGCCAUGAGCAGGCUCUGUGUGCUGGCUAUGGGGACAAGUGCCUCUACAACUGCUGUGCCUAUGACAGGAAGCCCCCUGCCGGGUUCAAGCCAUUAACACCGCCUGCCACGCCGGUGUCCCCUGCACAUCAGGGACCAGCCCUGCCACCACCGGCCCCAGCCGUGCAGGUGGCUGCCCAUGGGGUGGCCCCAGCCCCGCACCCGCUGCAAGAGCAGAGGCCGCAGACGUUCGCCAUGCCGCAGCCGCCUCACCCGCCCAUGCACAUGCCAAAGAUGAUGUCUGAAAACCAAUACCCUGCAGAGCACAGGUUUCAGAGGCAGCUGUCUGAGCCCUGCCACCCCUUCCCGCCGCAGCCUGGGGUCCCAGGGGACAACCGCCCUGUCUACCACCGGCAGCUCUCGGAGCCCCUGGGCCCUGCUGCCCUCCGCCCCGCUCAGGGAUUCAAGCAGGAGUACCAUGACCCACUCUAUGAGCAUGGUGGCCCUGGCCUGCCCGGCCCCCCAGGCCGCAGCUUCCAGCCCCCCAUGGGCAUCAAGCAGGAGCCCCGGGACUACUGCAUUGACUCAGAAGUGCCUAACUGCCAGUCCUCGUACCUGCAGGGGGGUGUCUUCCCCAGCAGCCAUGACGGAUUUCCAUAUGAAAAGGACUCGCGGUUGUAUUUUGAUGACACAUGUGUGGUACCUGAGAGGCUGGAGGGUAAAGUGAAGCAGGAGCCCACCCUGUACCGUGAGGGUCCUCCCUACCAGCGACGUGGGUCCCUGCAGCUCUGGCAGUUCCUGGUUACCCUCCUGGAUGACCCUGCCAAUGCCCACUUCAUCGCCUGGACUGGCCGAGGCAUGGAGUUCAAGCUGAUUGAGCCAGAGGAGGUAGCACGACGCUGGGGCAUCCAGAAGAACCGGCCAGCCAUGAACUACGACAAGCUCAGCCGCUCCCUGCGCUACUACUACGAGAAGGGCAUCAUGCAGAAGGUGGCCGGUGAGCGGUAUGUCUAUAAGUUUGUCUGCGACCCUGAUGCCCUCUUCUCCAUGGCCUACCCCGACAACCAGCGUCCCUUCCUGAAGACAGAGCCUGACUGCCCGGUGCCCGAGGAGGAGACUGUGCCGCUGACGCACUUCGAGGACAGCCCUGCCUACCUUCUGGAGAUGGAUCCCUGCGGCAGCCUGCCCUACACCGAGGGCUUUGCCUACUGACUGGGCGGUGGCAGAGCCACGAGCACUAGCAUCCACUUUUGGGCAAAUAUGGUUUUGUAAAGAAUAUUUUUUUGCUGUUCCUAAGGAGAGAGAGAGAGAGAGAGAGGAAAAAAACCCAACCAACAAAACCCAACCCAACAACCCACGCGCGUACACACCACUUGGAGGAACCUACCGUGCCCAGUGUGUUGAAUUCCCACCCUCACUGUCCAAGGGCUAGUGCGUAGGACUGACUGCGGCUGGCACCUCCCACCCAGCAUCGCUGCGGUGGCUUGGGGCGGCGGGAGCGAGAGAUGCAGUCUCUGACCUGAGCCCCCUUCCUCAGCAGCACCGCGCGGGUGCCCCGGGACUCGGCUGGGCUGGCGCAGGGCUGGCAGAGCCUCCGCCCAGCCCCUUGGCAUGACAAUCCGCUUUGCGUCGAGCAUGCUCUGCGUCGCUGCCUUGUGUGGGGGAAAGGGCUUUGAUUUGCACAGAGGAAGGGUGCGGGCUGGGGGGACCACCUGGGUCAACACCCCGGGGCUGGUGUGCGCAGCGUACUAACCCCGACCCUGAGGAGCCUUCUGCCUUCAUCCCACAUCACUCCUCCCUGGCCCGCCCUUGUGAUACAACCUGAUGUCAUGGUUUCUCAGCCCCUCCUGGAUGCUCUCCCUGCCCCACUUAUUCUUUCCCAGCUCCACCUGUGGCUCAUAGGUUGCAUUUCAGAGGAGCAGACUUUGACACUAUCUCCCUCCCUAUUUUUCUUCCAUCCCCCCCCCCUUUUUUUUUUGUGUUUUGUUGAUGUUUUAGGAAGAAAAAAAAAAGUUUCUAAACUGAUUUUUGUAGAUUUUUUUGUAUUUGAAGGCAAAGCUCUUUCUUGCAGCCUGGCUGCUCCUCCCAGAGCCCCCUGAGGAUGCCCUCCCUGGCUUUCCUGGUGUCAUGCUUGCAGGGGGAGCCAUCGGUGCCCACAGCUCCCUGGAAUGGCUGCCCAAAUACCUGGUCCACUCCAUUUCACUGCUCCAAUCUCCUUUCCUGGGGGAGCCAAGGCUGACCUCCGGUGCUGGCUCAGCUGUGCUUCCCCCCCAUCCUGCUCAGCAUGGUCUUGGAGCUGGGCUGUAAGGUUGUGGUGGGCAGGGACUGUGGGGUUCCUCACCCCCUGCCUGCCUACCCAGCUUCCUCCAGCUCUUCCCUCUCCCCGCUGUGCCUCCUAGCACUCCUCUACCACUCAUAUAUCCACCCCUGCCUCCUCCACUGGCUACAUGGUUUUUGUUGUAAAUGCUGUAUAGGAAUUUUUUUCUCUUCCUUAGUUAGCUUUGAUUGGAUUUUUUUGUUUGUUUUGGGUUUUUUUUUGACUAAUUCAUUCUUUUUUUUUUUUGGGGGGGGGAAGUAUGAAGAUUAACUCUGGGUAGGCUCAGUUGCUCUCUCCAUGGUGGCUGCAGUGGCCUGUACCUAUGGGGGGAGUGUUUGGUUGGGGGAACCCCACCUUAGAGGCAGGGGUUUAACUAUUUGCUCAGUGUGGCAGGUUAAUCUGAGGACUAAUCUGAAAUAAUCUUUACUCCAGCAGGGCUAUGUAUCUCCUGCAAAGCUGCAUUACAUUCUGUACUGUGUACAAUAAAGGAUCUUGCUUUCUGUUC